AUGGGCCAUCCACCACCGUCGAUCUGACGGACACUUCUGUUACAUCGGUUGGGAAUGGCUCAGAAACAAUCAUGUGGGAUGUACGAUGGAGCGAGACCGGACUGAGCAAUACUCCACAUACUCUUCGGAUGUCCAUGGCGCCUGACGGGCAGUACAUCGUCGUCGAUGCAAUUAAGUACGUUUCCCACCGAGACCCCGCACAGACGCUUGUGCUAAUCAACAAGAAGGUACACCGUCGACAAGCCAUCAAGCUCGAUUCCAGCUUCAUCGUCCAUCUCACCCUCUUCGUCCUCACCCUCCGCAGCUUCCCCCCAAUCUCACAAACCCACGUCCAUUGUCGACGCCGUCUCUACUUCAGAAGAAGAAAGAGAGAACAUGGUGGCGAUAGGUUUAGGCGUAGCCCUCGGCACGGUGACACUUUUAGCUGCCAUAGGUCUUAGCGUCUUCUGUCUGCGCCGAAAACGAGGGAGUCCUCGGGUAUCGUACCAUAGCACUCCAUUCCCUUCUGACCCGUCCCCUCUCCUCUCAUCAACAUCAACAGCCGCUACUACCAGCGCACAGAGAGGCCGCCGCCCUCUGACACACCAUAGAUCCACACCACCUGUCCCACACGGCAAGGUAUAUUCAUCUAUCGGCAACGUGUAUACCGUGCAGGAUCCUUGCGACCACCCUGAUAAUAGGCCCCUAUUGUCUACGGCAGCUGAAGACGAUUAUAACCCGUACCACGAGCACUCUCAAUCACCAUCCACAUUCAUGCUUCCCUCAGGGUCCACGAUGGGUCAGGGGCAGAACGCAGCAUCCUGGCUGGAAUAUAGCAAGAAAAAAAGAGACAACGUCUCUUUGUUGGGUAGCGAUUCUCAACCAUUCUGGACAUCGUCGCAUCGUGUGAAUUACGCUCAGCAUAAUCCUCAGGUUGGGACCUUCAUGGGGUUCGACGAUGCGAGCAUAGAUGUGAAAUCGUCCACCGUUUCAGCACCGAUGCCGGCGGCUGAGAAGAAACGACAGCGCUUUCCUGGUGAUGUAGCUGGUGUUUCCGAUGUGGAUACCGAAGCCGAUAUUGUCGAAUCCAAGCAAGAAGUACUGGCUCCAUACGGUACCGGGUUUGAUGCCCGAAAGGCUGUCGAUCAAAGGACUGGGAUGGAUACGAAUGAGGAUCGGGCAUGGAAUGAGAAAUGGAUACAGGGUCGCACUUCCGGGUACUAUCAGUGAGAGAAAUUGGCUUGGAAGAGGAGUUCUUCGUUGUAUGUGACUCGUAGUUGACAACAAUCACAGAUGUUUUUCCCCCGAACGAUGUAGAUACCACAUAAUGACACCUCGUUUAGCGGCUCCGGAAGAAAGAUGCUGUACCGUA